GGCUACAUACAUAUUCAUAGACAUAUUUUUCUAUGACGCCAGUCAAGUAAACGAUGGGGAAAAAAUCUGAACGUGCUGGUGACCUUUAAAAUUACAUGUGGUUGCAGGGCCCUGCUCUGGGGGAUGAUUUUACCUGUUGACAUUUGAGGUGUUGAAAUAAAACAAUUACACACAUCCUGCACAAACAAGGUCUUCACACAUUAGGACGCGGAGAUUGCAGCAGGAAGCCGUGGCCUCUAUGACAUAAAAUCAGAUGUCUGGUGUCAUGCUCGCAGUGCAAGCCUAUCAGCAUGGAAAUAGCAACACUGUGUGCCGUCGUCGCUUCUCUGAGAGUCGUGCCCAGCAGAUCCCAGUUCUUCCGGUAUGAGUCUGUCUCUAUGAGCUGUGAAGGGCUGGGAAACUCUGCUGAGUGGAUUAUUAAAAGGAACACAUCUAGAAGCAUAAAUGAAAACUGCUCAUCCUGGAAUGGAAGUAAUGGAUCUAAUUGUCUCAUUGGUGACAUUUAUCCACAUGAUUCUGGACUUUACUGGUGUGAGUCUGGAUCAGGAGAAUGCAGCAACACCAUCAACAUCACAGUGACAGGUGGUUCUGUGAUCCUGGAAAGUCCCGUCCAUCCACUGAGGGAGGGAGAAUCUGUGACUCUGGGCUGCAAAACCAGGGAUUCCACCAAUCUUACAACUAAUUUCUAUAAAGAUGAGCUUCUCAUUGGGAGCAGCUCGACAGGAAACUUGACCAUCCACAGUGUUACUAAAUCUGAUGAAGGACUCUACAAGUGUUUCGUCUCUGGAGUGGGACAGUCGGUAGACAGCAGGCUGAAUGUCAGGGGUCAGCCUGCGCCACUAGAAAGCCCCCACAUAUACAUUCUACUUCCUGUGGUGGGUGUCUGCCUGAUGCUGAGCUUGGUGAUGGUGUUCUGCCUCUGGAGAAGUCUCAAAGGUAAAUUGGAGCCUGCUGUCUCCUACACUGACGUCACCAUCACAGAGGCAGGAAAACAUCAGACGAUCAGUGUUGAGGACUCCAUACCGACUGUCUACUCCACCAUCCAGCUGGGAGCCACCUGACACGAAACUGUGUAGACAAGUUUGUAACAUGUUCGGAUUAAACAGGAAACAAAAGUUCAUGGUACUUUUUUAAGAAAAAAAUAGAAAACAGAACUAGUUAUUUUACUGUAUAUUUUUAUAGUGCGUGUCUUUGUGGUCAGUUUUCAUCAGUCUGCAGGUGUUUUGUGUCUUUUUGAAAAAGUUUUUGUUUCUUUUAAUGGGAAUUAAACUUGUGGAUCUUUUUUCGCUGCAAAUGUGUUUUGUGAUUUUUUUGUGAGAUAGUUUUGCACCUCUUUGUGGACAUUUUCCGUAUCUUUGUGGUCAAAUUGUCACCACUUUCCGUCUUUGCGGUGGUGUUUUGUUUCUUUUUCUUUUCUUUUCCUUUUUUUGUGUAUGUUGGUUGUGUUUUUUUUCACAGUUUUGAAGUUGUUUUGUGAUGUGUGAUAUUUCAUGUCUUUGGAACCAAGUUGUGUCUAUUUCUUUGUUUUUGUAGUGUCCUUCUUGUUGCCACUUUGUGUCUUUGUACUGGUGUUCUUUCAUUUUGUGUAUCUUAGGCAUGUGUCUUCAUUACUUUGAAGUUGUUUUGGGAUGUGUUGUGCCUCUUUCUAGAUGUUUUGCAUCUCUGUAGUCAAGUUGUGUCUAUCUGUUUAUGUCUUUGUGGUACUGUCUUGUAUCUUUGUGUCUCCUUGUUGUAAUUUUGUUAUUUUUGCAUAAAAUUUGUGCUCUGAUGUUGCUUUUCAUCUCCUUGUUGUGGGUUUUCAAUUCUUUGAAGUUGUUUUGUGAGGUUGCUUGACAUCUCUUUGGACACAUGUUGUGUCUUGGAGGUCAAAUUGUUGUUUCGUAUCCAUUUUGUGUAAUUUAGUCGGCUUUGAAGUUGUUUUAUAACGUUUUGCCUUCUUGUAGUCAAGUUGUGUCUGUUUUUGUGAUGGUAUUGUGUCUCUCCGUGUUGUUAUUUUGUGUUACAUUGUUGUCAUUUUGCAACUUUUUUACUGCUCUGCAGACGUUGUUGGACGCUGUUUUGCAUCUUUUUGGCGUGACUUUGUCUUUAUGGUGGUGUUUUGUUUCUUUGUAGCCAUUUUGAGCGUCUUUGUCAUCCACCUUCAUUACUUUAUUGAGUUUUCAUCUCUUGUUAGUAGGUUUUCCCUACGAUUGUGCUUGUGGUUGAAUUGUGUCUUUUUCUGUUUUUGUAGUAAUUUUGCAUCUUCUUGUUCAGUCUUUGUAGUGGUUUUUUAUUUCUUUGUAGCCAUUUUCUACAACUUAGUCAUUCAUUACUUUGAGGUUGUUUUGCAUCCGUCCUUUGGUUUCGUCUCGUCUUGUCUUCUUUAUCAUUUUUAUCGGAGACAUCAAAACAUGAAAAUCUGUCUGCUCGAAACUCGAAAUCAUAAUGAAGAAGUUAAAGUUGGUCUUGUGAGUGAA